CUUCCUUCACCAAAUUCUCUUAUAUAUCGCUCUCUCUCUCUCUCUCUCUCUCUCUCUCUCUCUCUCUCUCUCUCUCUCUCUCUCUCUCUCCCACACGCUCUCUCCCACACGCUCUCUCCCACACGCUCUCUCAAAACUCAGAGUAACAAUGGCGGCACUCGUAGUUGACGCGGAGUACCUUAAGGAGGUCGAAAAGGCUCGCCGUGAGCUUCGUUCGCUCAUCGCUAAGAAGAAUUGCGCUCCGAUCAUGCUCCGAUUGGCGUGGCAUGAUGCUGGAACCUACGACGCCAAAUCGAAGACCGGUGGACCUAAUGGAUCGAUUAGGAACGAAACGGAGUACAGUCAUGGUGCUAAUAGUGGUUUGAAAAUCGCUCUCGAUCUCUGUGAGGACGUGAAAUCUAAACUUCCCAAGAUCAGUUAUGCGGACCUAUACCAGCUUGCUGGCGUGGUAGCGGUUGAAGUUACUGGUGGACCUGACAUCAGUUUUGUUCCUGGAAGAAAAGAUUGUAAUGACUGCACCGACGAAGGAAGACUUCCUGAUGCUAAUCAAGGUUUCAAACAUCUUAAAGAUGUUUUCUACCGAAUGGGACUGUCUGAUAAAGAUAUUGUGGCACUCUCAGGGGCUCAUACUCUGGGAAGGGCUCAUCCAGAGAGAUCAGGUUUCGAUGGACCAUGGACUCAAGAUCCUCUCAAGUUUGAUAACUCAUACUUUGUGGAAUUACUGAAGGAAGAAGAAUCCGAGGGCUUGCUGAAACUUUCGACAGACAAGACUUUGUUGGAAGUCCCAGAGUUCCGUCACUACGUUGAGCUUUAUGCAAAGGACGAAGAUGCAUUCUUCAGAGACUAUGCGGAGUCACACAAGAAACUUUCAGAGCUCGGGUUCACACCGACGUCUUCCAUCGCUAAGGCAAUAACAGAUAGCACCGUGCUCGCACAUAGUGCAGUCGGAGUCGCGGUCGCUGCUGCUGUUGUGGCCUUUGGCUACUUCUAUGAAAUUCGCAGGAAGAUGAAGUAAAUGAAUUAGAAAGAAGUAAAACCUAUAAACGAAUCCCCUUCCUAUCUCUGGUUUUUGUAAGCAUGCAUGAUGCAUUUAUCGAGAUAAUAUGAACUCCUAGAUUCUUAUAUUUCUGCAACAGUUUAACACAUUGAUCCAACAGUCGGCAUUAUUAGUGGUAUUAGUUUGGUUCGGUUUGUAUU